CCCCAUCCGGACAGACCCAGCCCGAGCAAGAGCACAGAACAGAACUGAAGGAGAGUGAGAGAGAGAGAGAGAGAGAAAGAGAGCACAACAACGCAGUAGCCUAUAACCGAAAUAUACUCGACUCAUACAUAUAAACCAUCACCCCACGGGACAAGAUGGGGAGGUUGUGCGAGUUGGCUGUUCUGUCCAUUCUUAUUAUGUGUCUCCUGAGCACUGAUUCCACAUGGGCUAAAAAAAGCAGCAGCAGCAGCAAGAAAACAUCGUCUACCAGCAGCAAGGCAGGGACACAGUCAAAACCAUCUCAGUCUCAGCCAGGAAACUACCCCAGACAGCCACAGAGUCCCAAUCGAAACACCAAUCCAUACCCUUCUGGUGGAAGUUACCCUUAUCCUGGAACAGGCACUAAUUCAGGAGGAUAUCCCAGACAAAACCCAGCAAGUUAUCCAGGAGCUGGUAGUAACCCCAACCAGCAUCCUGGCAGAGUCAAUCCUGGAGGUUAUCCAAACCAGAAUCCUGCAGGUGGCUAUCCUGCUGCAGGUGGAAACCCAGCCGCUGGAGGGUAUCCUAACCAGUAUUCACCCGGUGGGGGCUAUCCAGCAGCAGGUGGUUAUCCCAACCAGUAUCCUGGCAGAGCCAAUCCUGGAGGUUAUCCAAACCAGAAUCCUGCAGGUGGCUAUCCAGCAGCAGGUGGCUAUCCCAACCAAUACCCAGGCAGAGCUGGUACCAACCAGGGAGGAUACCCUAACCAGUACCCUGCUGCAGGAGGCUACCCAGCUGCUGGGGGCUACCCAGCAGCGGGUGGCUAUCCCAACCAAUACCCAGGCAGAGCUGGUACCAACCAGGGAGGAUACCCAUACCAGUAUCCAGCAGCUGGCGGUUACCCAGUCAGAGGGGGGAAUACAGGACAGGGUUGGGGUGUACCUGGUUCAAAUCCAGGAGGUUACCCUGGUGGAGCAGUUGGUGGUUACCCCAACUGGAACCCAAAUAAUAAGAUCCUCAGUCCCCGCUUUGGUGGAGGAGGCUAUGGAUAUGGUGGUUAUGGGAUGGGAGGGUCUCCUUUCUCUCGUUCUGUGCAGAAUAUGGGAUACAAGCCCAAGUCAAGUAGUUUUGCCAAAAAAGCCAUAGUGGCUGCGGGUGUUGGUGCUGUGGCUGGGAUGGCUAUUGGCUAUGGACUCGGGCGCUUCCCUCGACCACAUUUCGGUUUCCGCAACCCUGAAGAGGAGUACUAUUACAACAACUACAUGUACCGCCGUUAUGGCUCCCACUCCACAGAUGAAAAAGAUUUUGGCCGUGACUAUGUCUACAACCCUCCACCACGGGCAGAGUCCUACGAUAACUUCAUGGACCGGUGUAUGAAUAGCACUGCCCCUCCGAAAGAUCAGGGCAGCAGCUCCUCCACUCCUAAGAGUGGAGGUGAUGAGGAGGAUGAUGACACCGUCAGCAUUGAGGAGAUUGGAUACCCAGCACUAAUUGAGCAAGUGAAGGCCCGGCGCUGUGUUGAGCAGUACAUGGUUUAUUCUGAGCGCUUUCUACAGGAACGAAAACCCGAGCAAUUGGAGAACAGUCGGAGCAGCCCUCUGAACCACGGGGUGAUCCAGCUUUGCACCUCCCUCUUCAUGCUACUUUCCAGCAUGCUCCUGCUCCAGUGAAAACAAAUAGCCUUCCUUUAACCAUACCCCAAAUAGGUUUCUAAUUCAUUAUACCUGCACGUCCACAGUCUGCUAAUGGAUAUUAUCUCUACAUUGCAAAGCAUAGCUGUACACUUACAAGUUGCUUGGGUUAUACUUAGUCAACCUUUUAUUAUCACCGCAGAAAACGAUCAGAAGAUAACAAAAUUUCCAUGUAUAAAUAACAAGUACAUUUUAAGGGACAGCAGUCAUGUUAAAAUCUCACAGUUCGGUCAUCAGUUUUUGUGUUGUACAAGCUGCACUUAUUUUUUCUGUCAGUUUCUUUUCAACAAUUAAUUUUGCACUUUGAGCACUGAAUGCAUAGAAAACGGAUUCAGGGAAUUUAAGUUCAAUUUUUGUGACAAUUUAUUAUGACAAUAUAUCUGCUGUGUAAAAUAAGCAUGUGACAUUAAGAGUUUCAUAUAUGUGCAGGUCAUCAAUUCAUGCUUUCAUCUGUACUGGACAAUUAAACAUACAGACUUUUCAAUUGGUGAAAUAUGCCGAAAUAUCAAAAGGAAAAGUUCAUUAGAUUCAAAGAAGAAAUAAUAAUAAUUUGGCGGUGGGAACAAAAUUUGAGAUAAUUCCACAAUGUGGUCUGCCAGGGUUUUUCACCACAUCCAUUAGGAGUGCUUAGGUUUAAUGUUUGCCAAGACGAAACCUUUACAAGGUCGCAAGACCGGCUAUGUGCACAGUUUGGUACAAACAUGUUCCCAAAUGGUGUUUACAUAUGGCAAAAUGAUAAAACCUAGAGGGAUUCCUUGGAAGUCAUUAUUAAGUCAUACUUACCACAUGUCCCCCAAAUAUGUAAACAUCAUUCAAACGCACUGGGAGAUAUUGGAGACUUUUUUUUGCAGAACUGACGAUUUUCCCAUGGACAGAUGUUUUUUUUUAAUCACACAAUAAAUAGUUAAAGGUGCAAUAUAUUAGUUUUUUCUAUCGCUACAUAGCCAACGUUAGCAUUGACAGCUGUUUAUUUACUGACUUUUUUUCCUGUACUCACCAAGAGUGGUGGAAAGCUACAUCAAUGUUAACUCAUGUUUUGCUCCUAUUUCUAUCACUUCUUUGGUCUACUGCUAAACAGCUAUUUUGCAGUACUUUGUAAUAGCGACUCACUGUCGUGUCCAGUCUGCUCCCAUUCAGCAUGAGAGGAUGAAGAAGUAGUGCGGCUCAGAGGGCGUAUUCUAACCUCUGAACUUGUAAACACAACAAUCGCUGAAGCUCUUGGCAAGUGAUCAUUAUCACCACUAUCACCAGCAUCCGCUGCUGGCAAGAAACCACAUUCGAUGGCAGAGAAAGCUCACAUCUAGCACCUUUAAACACUUGUGUGAUAGAAAUUAAAGUAGGUAAGGGUGAAGACAUCCUCACAUUAAGAAUAGGCCUACUCUCUCUCAGGUACAUGCUACUCACACAUUAUUUUGUUGUUCAGCUGCCUGUAAAAUCCUGCAUCUAAUAGCUCUCAACAGAAAAGAGGCUUCAGUCCAUGCACGCCUUUAGAUGUGCAGCAAGAUGUUAUUAGUGUUGCCGCCACCAUACCUGCAGCUGUUGAGAAUAGUAGGUGCAUUUAUUGAUGAUGGCGUCUGAUGCUUUUACUCUGUGCAGCGCUAUCUUGCUGAGAGCUUGGAUUUGACUGGGGUCUUGAACAGAGGAGGUCCACAACAAUUCACUAAUCUAUAUCUCUGUACCGUGACUUUACUCACAUCCACAGUCAGACAAGGUUAACAGCGAAACUGGAGGUCCUGGCACUGGCUUAAAAUUGCCUGGAAACAGUGGAAGCCACAGAGGGUGUUGCUUCGCUGUCACACUGUACAUGGAUAAUGCUGUCUUGGUUAGGAGCCUUGUACCCAUAUCUUGGUCCAACCUUGGUUUCAUGUUCAUGUUUCCGGGCAUACUCGUAAGUCUCCAGGGACACUCAAACUUUCCGGACUUUCCGGGCCUGAUCUGAUCAGGGCAUCUCUGCAUCUCAUCGUCUUCCUGCAGCACAGUGAGAUAGUCAUAGUUCAGAUGUGGGUGGGUCUGUAGAUACCUCUGUUUGCAUUUCCCAAACUUUAGCCUCCGCUGGCUGUCAUGAUGCAUCUCUCUCCAAUAGGAGCUCUCCUUUUUGACAGUUGUGUUUGGUAUUGUUCACUGCUGUGAUACUGUGUUUACUCGUGUUUGUGGUUAUUUUACUAUUCCAGCUUGUUUUCGUUUAUCUAAUGCAUUCAUUCCCUUUAGGUUUUGUAAAGCACUUGGUAGCUGUGUUUUGAAAAAUGCUACUUAAAGUUUGCAGGCCAGUAUUGCCAUUUCAAGGGAUUUCACCCAAGUAAAUGUUAAGUUUAAAGAAAAAAAUGUUACUGUUCAUUUCAGUCUGCUGUUUUGGCAUAGUGUAUUCAGUUAAGUCUGUAUUUUAUAAAGUUCUUCACACACACAAUAUUUAGUAUGUUAUAACUUAUAUGUCAAACCAAAAUGAAGAGUCAAGUGUUGUGCUGUUCAAAUACUUGCAAAGUAUACUGUACAGUAUAUCUGGAAAUGAUCGUACGAACCUUUUUAUUGUGAUGACGCUUUAUUUUGUUCUUACCCAGCCAGUCCUACGUCAAAUUUCCGUCCUUCCAGUUUACUGGUUUCCAUACUCCACCCAGGGUGUUUCCUUUUCUUUUUUUUAAAUUCUGGUAAAGUGAAUUCAGUGAACAAUUUGGCAUUUUCGUACUAUUUAGGAUGUUGAAUAUCUGUAAAGUGCACUUAUUUCCCUUUAGGACUGGAUAUUCUGUAACUGCAUCACACAGGGAGUGUAAACACUUGUGUGAAUUUUCUGGUUUUGACCAUUAUAAACAUUUUACACAUCAAAUAACAAGACUAAUAUGAUUUAAUAUGGUCUGUCAUGAAUGUUUAUGUGUUGAAUAAAAUAAAUAACGAAAUAAAG